GCUGUUCUGUGUUGUUGUGAGUUUGUGACUUUUGAGUUUGGACAAUUGUUUGUUUGACCUAUCAAAGUAUCAGUGCAACGUUUUCAUUCAGCGAACUACGAUCGAGACGCGAAGUAUUAUAACACGUUACUUCAAGGCUUUUGUGAUUUGGUAGAUUGAAAAGAUGUCAAGGGACAGUCCAUAAAGUCACCUAACUAAUGUUAGAAUUUCGGAUCAGAAGUCUUUGAAAGAAAUCGUUGUGUGUUUGGAGGACUGGUGCACUUUGCUGUUGCCUUUCAGACUUCGAGGCAUGUAAUCAUCUGACAACUCGAGUCUGGAUAAGUCACAUUCUCCCUCUCCAUUAUUGGCAGCUUGAAGACAACAAAAUGGCGGAGAGGAAGACAGUCAACAAGUACUACCCUCCAGAAUGGAGGCCAGAAAUGGGCUCCAUCAACAAGUAUCGCAACUCUCACCCGCUGCGGGAUCGUGCACGAAAGAUGCAUGAAGGUGUCAUGAUAAUCAGGUUUGAGUUGCCCUACAAUAUUUGGUGUGGUGGUUGUGGCAAACAUGUUGGAAUGGGUGUUCGGUACAAUUCAGAGAAGCGGAAAGUUGGCAACUACUAUACCACGCCGAUUUACCGGUUUCGCAUGAAAUGCCACCUUUGCGAUAACCACUUUGAAAUUGAAACGGAUCCCAAGAAUAUGGAGUAUGUCAUUGUGAGUGGUGCAACACGCAAGGAAGAACGCUGGGAUUCGAAGGACACUGAGACGGUAGAGGCAACAGAUUCGGAGGCGAAAAAGCGGCUGGCAUCUGAUCCAAUGUAUCGUCUGGAGCAUGGCACAACUGACGCUAAGAAAGCGCAGGCGAACAAACCUCGCAUUGCUGAGCUACAGGCCAGUCAAGAAAUCAAGAAGGAUGACUACGCGCUCAAUCAGCUUGCCAGGCGCAAGUUUCGAGGUGAGAAACGAAGUCUGUCGGCGAGAGACGCGUCAGAUAGAGAACUCUUAGCCAAGGGAUCUAUGUCUGUUGCGCUGCUACCAGAGUCAGAGGAAGACCGCAAGCAGGCCAAAGCAGUGGCCUUCAAGCACCAACGCCCGUCUUUUGCCGAUUACCAGAGGGAGAAACGCUUAAAAAUCCAGUCCAAGCCACUGUUUGGGUCAUCGUUGUCCUCCUCCUCAGUAUCGUCCAAAGCACUAUUGGUGCUGCAGCAGGCAAAGCACAAGUCCAGCUUAGACCGAUCCAAGGUGGCUAGCACCACUGCGGCAAGGUCAGCCACCUCAGCCGUGAGUUCAUCAUCAUCAUCGACUAAAGCCAUGUCUGCCAGCAAACACUGAGUCCCACCUUGCCACAAAAAAAUACGCUUCAUUUUUGUGGCGUUGUCGAAUCCAUUCACCCGACCCAUCUUCGCUGUACAUUGCUUUGCUGACGCAUUUGUCUUGGACUUGUCUUCCAACGCUUUGCUACGGUUGCUGUAUAUAAUAAUUAUUAUCUUUGUUCGACGUAACGGACGCCUGGUCUUGUCCACGUACACAUGUGUUUCACACUGGGUCCUCUGCCUCAUCACAAAGCAUCUAGUUCGUACUGGAAGUACAAUCUUGUGCAGGUGGUACUUAUGCAGUGCUGAUAGGCUCAUAGCAGUGUAUGUGCUAACAUGUUCCAUGCUGUUAUUGUGGGCUUUUUUUGAAGUUUUCUCGACUCUGGAGUAAUGUGAUUUUAUAUCGGUAUUCUCCUCUACAUCGACGGUGCUUGUAUUUGUUUAUUAGGGAUGUAAAUACUCAAUACGUGCUGCAAGUGUAAAUAGUGGUAACCCUGUAUAUACAGUAUUUUUUUGUGUUGUGUAAUAUAGCUACAUCACUGUACAAAAUGGAAGAAUUGCGCUGUACAUAAUACUACACAUGACUUCUUCCUCCCAUGAAUUCUAAGUUAUGAUGCAUUGCAUGCUGUUGUUUGUAAGCAUUACCAUAAUCUUACCAUUACCACUCCAACUAUUUUUUUUACCCGUGCUCGUGUUUCUUCAUCGCAAUGUCCUGGUGUGAGCAUGGCUGCCUUUUCUUUUGCAAUAUGCAAGUACCGGUAGUUGUCAGUUGACAAACCCCUUUUUAUUUAAUAUGCAAACAGCAGACAGAAUUAUAAUUAUCCGAGUUCAGAUUCUUA